AUGGUAAGUGUUGUGUACUAAAUUUGCUUUCUUCUGACCCAGUUACCAGGGUGGGGUGCCUUUCAACCUUUUUAGAAGAAACCACAACACCUCCUGGUAACUGGGCAAUAGGGAAGCUGGCAGGACCUUUGGGCACACAGACAGGAACUAAUGGCAGCAACAACCUGCACUGUGAACAGCCAGUUGCUAAUUAAUACCCCACCCCCAGUUCGUGUGCUUAUGUUCAAUGAAAGACAAAAGGGGGGUUUCUCUGUGUAUCCUGAGUUGGCCACAAGACUAGGCAUUAGUUUUCCACUGAGAGGUUUUGGAGCUUACAUACACAGUAACCAGGAAGCCCCUUCCCUAUUUCCAGAUAUUUGGGGGAGGGGGGAGUUGUGGCAGCAAAGGAAAGCUAGUCUGCCAAUGGUCAGAGUUGAAGCAGAUGGAUCAGAGUUGGUGUCUGUUGAAACAGACUGAGCCAAAUGAAAGUCAAAUUAAGUCCCAUGGGCAAAAAUGAGGGGCCUUCUGUUCUUAAGGGCAGAUUCUCAAAGCAAAAGAACAUAGGAAAAGCCUUUUACUGCUGGAAAACCAAUUGCCAGCCAUACACCUCACAAGAGGGAGAGUGGGACACUGUUUGCCUGUUGUUUGUGUCCGCCAUCUGGUAUUCAGAGGUAGACUGCCUCUGGACAUAGAAGUUCCACUGUGCUUUGCCUAGCAGGUGGACUUGGUAAUUCCUUCUACACUGCUUUGUGUCUGUGACGAGUGUGAGCUGCAUAGUGGCCUUCUGAAAUCUCAGCUGAAAGCAUAGGUGUAGCCAAUAGGGGGCAGGCGGGAGCAGCUCCCCCCCCCCCCCCCAGAUCAAGUACAAAAUAAAAAUACUUAACUAAUUGACCAAUCACGUCCGUUCUGCCCCCCCCCCAAAAAUCCUAUGUCUGAAAGCACUCCCAAUUGUGAGGUUUAGAAAAGGAUAAUGUGCACAUGGAUUACCCUGAAUAUUCUGAUGUGCUCAAAGUCUAAAAGGCUACACUACAUAAGUGCAAAGUAGUUGUGGUGGUAAAAUGAGUGGUACCCUGAUAACAGAGCCUACAAAUAUGCAGGCAGCAAAGGAACCAGGAAGUGGCAGGCAGAGGGUGACAAGGAGACUCCACUGCCUUCCGUUGCCCUGCUGCUGCAGUUGAGAAGUUCAGCUGGGAACCAGACACUGCUUUGAGCAGUCCUGCCCAGAUGCACCCUGGGGCUCCCCAGUGACAAUGGCACUAUUAAUGCCCUGCCAGGGAGCGUGCCUUUCCGUGAACCGACAGGACACCUCUUCCCCAGCUGCUAAUCACCAGCAGCUCUUUGUAUAAGCCAACUGGCACCACUCAGACAGAAAGAGCAGCAGCCCUAAUCGCUUCCAGGAUCCACAUUAGAUGUCACCCUGCAGGAGGGAUUUUCUGUGAAUGGGAAGAAGAGACAUCUGGGCCCAAAGAGAGGGAGGGCUUCAACUGCACCAGCUGAAGCAAGCUUUGUCACCCUGGAAGGCAGAGAGAAGGAACCAGGCAUGUCAGAGAGCACUGCCUUCCUUCCAAAGGACCUCCCCAGAUUUUGAGCCAAAGCAAGGAAUCAGUCCGGGUGCCUAUACUGCUAGGUUGGGUACUUGAUCUUAUUUUUCAUAUAUUUGUAAAAGGAUCUUUUAAAACCAACUCUCCUGUGGCUAAUGAGUGGCUUUGUAUCACGCAAAACCUGACUUAGCAUUGCCCAGAUUUAGCCUAAUCGAGAGGUCUGUCACAAUUUGCAUGACAUACUUUGUGGGCCCAUCAAUUGGUCUUGCAGUGGACAUGCAGAGGUGUGAAGAAGAGCAGGUGUUCAUCUCCCAGGGCUCAUGCCAUCUCUAGAUUUACUUGCUCCUUCAGAGCAACCCUAAAGCAGUUGGCAAGCCCCCAUUCCCUCUGCUUCCUUUCCCCUGGACAUUAGAGACCUCAAGAGGCCUCCAACCAUACUUAACCCAAGCAGGGCUCCAUGGGAAAUGGACUGAGGAUUAAAUCUUAGAUUUAGAUCUGAACCUCUAUCCCAUGUGUGUUGGGGAAAUACAAAAUGAAAACUGGCUAUGAGAAAAACACUUAUAAAUUUAAUAGCUUAUUAAAACACUUAUAAGUUUAAUAGCUUAUUAAAACUUAGGAAUUGCACAGUUAUACCUUUUUAUCCCUUUCAUUUGUGGUAUGCUGACGUUCCUCUGUUACAGAGAAUGAACCACAGUUUUUUAGUAAGAUAAACUAAAAACAAGUUUACUUACAUUUCAAUGCAGGCAGCAUAUACAACAAAAUAGUGUACGGAAAAAUACUUCUAUGUUAUAGUAAAAUAAAAGUUGGUAGUUUUAGCUAACAUGUUUGAAAGCAGGAGCUUUAGCCAUGUGCGUCUGGUCAGCUUGGAGGCAUUGUGGAAAGAGAGAGUCUCCUCACAGGCAAGAGGGAAUAUAAAGGAUUGUCUCAUUUGUUACAAAGUUCAUGUCCUAAUGAGGCAAAGGAAGGACCACGUACAGAGGCUCCUCUCUAGGAAGUUCGAGAACUCUCUGUCUACUAGCCCUGUGCUUGUCUAGCAAAACAUGCAUUUGUGAUUUGGCUGCAAACCCCAACAGCUCCACAACACCCAGACAGCUGUAGGAGGAUAAAUCCCUCCUGUGUGGGGUGAUGGCAGAGAAAAGAGACGGUAAAUGUGGCUUGGUUGGCCCUAUGUCAGCUGCAGAGUAUGUGCCCGUGCUGCCUGGGGUGGGCGCAUGGGGUGCACCCCCAAAGGGUGCUGGGUGUGUAAGGCACCUUCCCACACACCACAGUUCAGGGUAGGAGAGGGGCAGGGAAGCUGCUGCCCACCGUCGUCCUGCUCUCCUCCUCUGGGUCAGAGCUGUGCCAGGCACAAGCACCAUAGCCAGGGCACAGCUCCUUCUGGCGCAGAGCCAGGUUCCAAUGAAGGAGCCUGCUGUGGGGGUGCCUGCUUGCACUCCCUCUCAAAAUUGUGCCCAGGGCCACGGCACCCCCAUGCUAUGCCUCUGCCCUGUGUGAAAUCAGAAACUAUUGAUGUAAACACAGGUAUGAGGAAGCAGGUAAGGCAGGUGCCCACAGGCAGCAGGUCCCCAAGGAGGAGGGCAAUGAUGCACACAGUCAACCAGCUGCACCAAAACUGCCAUCUAGGGCCAUGUGGCCACCCAGACAGCUCACGGGUGCCUCUCGGAGGGUAGGAGAUGACUAGGCAUCUUCCCUCCCCCAGCAGAUGCUUCUAAUUUCUGGUCCAGAAGCAGCAUCGCUUAGCAGCACAAGACAACUGAAUUAGGCCAACCUGCUCCCACCACUGCCUGUGCAUCAAACAUUGAAAAAAUGAACCUAUGCUGCCAAUUCUCGUAGUAGACCAGUAUAAAGCACGCAGCACAUAAGCGGAACACAAAAUGCUAACAAACCAUUCUACGUUCUAAAUCUUAUAUUAAUGAUCCAAAUUUUAUAUUAAUAAUCUCUCAAUUAUUGGAUUGUUAAUAUAAGAUUUAGAAUGUAGAAUGGUUUGUUAGCGUUUUGUGUGCCGCUUAUGUGCUGCUUGCUUUAUGUUGUUGUUGUUGUUUAGUCGUUCAGUCGUGUCCGACUCUUCGUGACCCCAUGGACCAGAGCAUGCCAGGCACUUCUGUCUUCCACUGCCUCCCGCAGUUUGGUCAAAGUCAUGCUGGUAGCUUCGAGAACACUAUCCAGCCAUCUCGUCCUCUGUUGUCCCCUUCUCCUUGUGCCCUCCAUCUUUCCCAACAUCAGGGUCUUUUCCAGGGAGUCUUCUCUUCUCAUGAGGUGGCCAAAGUAUUGGAGCCUCAGCUUCACGAUCUGUCCUUCCAGUGAGCACUCAGGGCUGAUUUCCUUCAGAAUGGAGAGGUUUGAUCUUCUUGCAGUCCAUGGGACUCUCAAGAGUCUCCUCCAGCACCAUAAUUCAAAAGCAUCAAUUCUUCGGCGAUCAGCCUUCUUUAUGGUCCAGCUUGCUUUAUACUGUGCAUCAAACAUGGCACAAUCAAAGCAGGCUGAUUUACAGCAAUCCAGGCACUGGUAUUACUGCAGGGAUGGAUCAACGACAUAUUCCACCAUUUGACUGCUGCUCCAACAAGAGUGAACAGAGACUUUCAAGGCAGACAGCCUGACCCAAGUCACCCCUCUAGGCAGCCUGCACCACCACCAGCAGCAGCAGCAACAACAACUGGCAAUGGGCCCUCUUGCCCUACUAUUUUUGCAGCUUUCUCUAAGUUAAUCAUUCAUACUUCCUUCCACUAGAAGCCAUUCCACCUGGCACCAUCUAAGCAGCCAAAGAGGUGAGCCAGUCUCUUUCCUCCUCACCAAGAGUUGUACCUUUUUUUUCACUUUCCACCUGUCUCCAUGCACUCCAUGCUAACGGAGUCAUCCCUUGUGCAAGGGAAUGCCACACCAGGCAGCCAGCAGAUGGUAGCAAAAGCCUUCUCCUUUUACAACAUCUGCUCUGGUGGGAAGACAGGGGAGGAGAUCUCUUCUCCUCUCUCUCCCCCGUCUGGGUGUCGCUCAACUUGUGUGGCAACUACAGAUUAAGAAAGCUGGACAGUGUUUCUAUCAGAGGGCGCACUUUAAUAUUUCUUCCCCACCCUCUCUUUUCUCCCCAAAUAUCGGCGGAGAUGAGAUGCUAAUUUGUGUGGGUUUUUUUAAUGAUAUUUAUUGGGGGGGGGGAAUUAAAAAAUUACAGAAAAAGACAAAGCAGAGAAAGAAAAAACAAAAAACAAAAAGAAAACAAGCCACAUCCAACAAUACAAAUUCAAAAAACAAAAAUACACCACAUGCAGAUAAAAAUAAAACCAUCAUUCUCAAAUCUUCAACUUUCAUUACCUUCUUUCUUUGACCUCCUCCUCCUCCCUUUUUUGUAUCCUAGUUAAUAAUUAUCGCAGCAAAUCCUUUCCAUAUUUCAUAAUAUUCUGUCAUUACAUUACCUUAAUCUAUUUUCAUCUUAUCUUAUAAAAAACCUUAAAACUUAAAACUUAAAUCUUAUUUUUACCCAGUUCUCAUAACCAUAAUAUUCUUGCCUAAUUCUUUAAACAUUUUUGCUAGAGCCAAGUAAUUUCGUUCCAACAUUUUUCUAACAGUCAUCAAUUUUAUAAAACAAUCCUGGUGAUAAUAAUAAUAAAAAAGAAAUAGAAACAAUCCAAUCUUCAUCCAGCGUCCCUUCCUCCUGGUCCCGGGUUUUGUCAGUCCUUUUUAUCCCAUUGAUCUAGCGCAUUAACCUGGUAACCUAAUAUCCGAGGCCCUUAAAUCUCUUCCAUGUCCCUUCCGCAGCUCUUCUUCAUAUUCACCUUUCACUCGUGGAAACUCCAGCUUGGUAAUGUUUUUGACCCUUUUCAACAAAUCAGCCCCUUUUCCAUAGUCCAGACUAAACUCCAUGUGGUAUUUAAAAACAUGUUUCAGAAUCCCUCCAAAAUUAAGAGCCCCCACAGCUCCAAACAUCUCACGGCCCAUUGCCAGACUCGGAAAGUCCAAACAUCCCUGCAUAGGGGGGUCUAUCCAACCCCCCAUUUCCAAACCAGUCCAAACUUUAUCUUUCCAAAUCUGGCUUUUCCAAGUUCAUUUGUCAAAUCCAAAAGCUCAUGUUCCUGCUGGGCCGCAGCUCCCUCCAUCUCUGGCGCCCAAGAUUCCGCAACAUCCUCUUCUCUCAUCUGUUCUGUCAGGGCACACUCCUGAUUUAAUUCCUGGGUGGGCUCCAUAUAGUUUCCCACUGCCUGUUCAAAAAUUCUGACCGCAUUAGUCAUCAAAUCCGUCUUCUCAGUUAACUGUUCCAGUAGGGCAUUUGUUUUACAGAGAGCACACAACAGAGCUUCUGAAUACAUUGUCCUACAAGGUCACAAGCCUAUUCCCACGAUUGUAAUCUGUGACAGCUGCAAGCUCCUAGAAUUAGUUACAGUUUCCCAGUCUCCCUCUAGGGGGAAAACUUCUAUUUGUUCUUGCAACAAAGUUUCUUUUUGAGAUAUUUUGUCAAUAUUUGUUCCUUUAAAAUGCGAAAGGAAACAGUGGAAUCACUAUGUUUCUCUUCUUUAGCUAUCUGUCAAAAACAUUUGUCUCUGGUCAAUGAGCUUCAAACGUCAGUCCUGACACCCCGCUCCAGGAUCAGGACGGUGGAAAGUUACUUUACUUUAAACUCACUUCUGCAGGUUUAAACAGUCCAAAAAAGAUCCCCCUUCUUCUCCUGCUGCCGAAGGGGGGUUCAAGAAUUUUAAAUGAUGAAAGCCAAUCCUUUAGAAGCGAUUUUCUGAGCUCUAGUUUACGUUGUCUUUGCUUUAUUCUGUCUACAAAGAAACGGAAGGCUGACUUCCUGUUUAGACCUUCCCGUUUCAGUACCAAAUUGAAGUAAAUUUUUAAGUCCAAUUCCUUUCUGCUCGCAAGUCCUUAUUUAAAGUCCAAUUAUUCAAAGUUUAAGUACUCACGGGUGCUUAUUUUAGAAGCCAAAUUGUCCCAGGAAAAAGGCAGCGCUCUCCGGCAACAGCUAUGCGGCUUCGCUCCACAGAAAUAGCAGUUGACUCACAGCACCGCGCCACUUCCCCCUCUUCGCUUCGGAGCCUGUUAGUGGGUUCCUUUGCGGGUUGGGGGGGCGCUAAGGGUGCCCGCCGAGUCCCAUGGUCACAGGCUUCAUCUGCCUGUGAUUUUUAAAAGGGUCCCCGCUUCACCGUAGCGGAAAAGACCCGUUUCGCGCAGAGCUCGUCCCUCCAGUUCAGAGGGAGUCCGCCAUUGCCGAUGGCGCCACCCCGGAAGUCCCUGAUGAUGAGAUGCUAAUUUGGAGCCCAGCAGUGGAGUCCUUCCUCUGCAAAAAGUCAGCCAGAACACAAACACACAUGUUCUCAUUGGGUUAGCCUAUUCCAUAGACCAGAAGGGAGAAGUUCAGAUUCCAUGGAGCUUCAGAUUUUGAGUUGACUUUUGCCUCUCUGUAAAAGAACAUCAGAAGACAGCCUGGCUGCAGCUGGACCAAACCAGAGGGGCCCCAUCUAGUCCAACAACCAAGCAAAUACUCACCUUGGUAAGCCCAACAGCAAAACAGAUGCAUUCAGGUGUGGGCUAGGGUGUUUUCACACUUGGCCACAGACCCCUUGCCCCUCUCCCAAUUUUUAAAAUGCAUUAUCUAAUGUUUUAAGACUUCGCUUACAGGGGGACUUGAUGUCCUGCUGGUGGCGGUGCCAAUGAAACUCCCCCUCUAAGCCACCUGGCAUCUUCACUUGCCCAGAGGAAAUUAAUACAUUGGGCCCAGAAGACCCUAUUGGCAUCAGAAUAAGCCCUGACAAGAAUUAAUUUUGAAGAAUUAAUUCUGAAGAAUUAAUUUUGCCCUGAAAAAUUGCAAAGACAAAUAGAUAUUUGCAUAUGCAAAUCUGUCUCGUGAACUUGUUAACAGCUAAUUAAUUGCUAGAAGGAGCUAAGCCACUCUCCUGGUUAGUAGCUCCCAUGUAAACUAAGAUCUCAUCACAGCUAUGCUCUGUUGUUUGUUUGUUUAAAGAUGACCAUAGAUGUAAUUCAUUUUAUUAAACCUGUAUAUCAUCUUAUACUAAAAAGAAGUCCCAAACAAAUUUUUAUAUAUGAUAUUCUGUGUGUGCUUACCUGAUACAGUAAAGCAUAAUAAAGUGUAUUAAAAUGCACACUAUCAACAUAUGAGCAAUAAUAAAAACACACACUAAAGCCCAACUUAAGUGGCUGUUACAAUAUCAUUAUAUCUGUUAAUUUGCCUAGGAGAUUAAAAUGUUUUUACCAGGUGCUGAACUAAUAGUAAGGUUUGUGCCAGGUGUGUCUCCCUGAGGAGAGUGUUCCACAGAUGGGGCACAAUUAUAAAGAAGGACCAUUCACUAGUUCCACACACACCCUUAGUGCUUGUUUUGGAGGUGCAUGGAAAAGUGCCUCAGGUGAUGAACACAGCAGGCAGUCUCAUAUGGGGCAGCCCUUGAGGAAUUGAGGUCCUGAGCUGUAUAGGGCUUUAAAGGUCAGAAACAGCACUUGCCAUUUAACCCAAAACCCAAUGACUGCCAAUGCAACUGAGUGAGAAUCAGUACUACAGUGGUACCUCGGUUUACGAACUUAAUCCGUUCCAGAAGUCCAUUCUUAAACCGAAACCAUUCUUAAACCAAGGCACGCUUUUCCUAAUGAGGCAUCCCGCCACCGGUGCCCUUCCACCAUUCAGAUUAUGUUCUUAGACUGAGGUAAAGUUCGCAAAUUGGGACACUACUUUCGGUUUUGCGGAGUUUAUAAACCGAAUCAUUCAUAAACAGGACUGUUCUUAAACCGAGGUACCACUGUACAAGUUCACACUUUCCUGUUUCCAGUAACAUUCUGGCAGCCGCAUUCUGCCAUAAGUAAAGUUCCCAAACCAUCUUCAAAGGCAGCCCCACGUAUAACAAAUUGCCGCAAUCCAGCCUAUAGGUUAACAGAGCCUAGGCAAUUGAAGCAAAACUAUCUGUGUCCAGACAAGUUUGCAGCUGUGCCACCAGUCAAAUUUGUUAGAAGGCACUCUUUCCCCCCCCCAAGGCCUCCAAUGGUAAUGUUGGAUCCAAGAGUACCCUCAAGCUAUCAGUUCCAGAGGGUGACCAGCCAUAUGUGUCAAGCCAAAGGCAUCACUGGACAACCCCAUGACUGCCAUGGAGACCAUGCAGUCCUGAACUGCAAUCCUGAAAUUAGGAGGUUCAGAGUAGACACUGGAACCCCUUGUACUAGUAGUCCUGAGAAUCACAACAACCCACAUCCAGUAUCACCUCUGUCGUUUCAGGAAGGGAGGCUGCUAGGAGCAAUGUAAGCCAUGCACCAACAGAUUGCCUAGUUGUUCCAUUUGCCCAACACCAAAGGAAGACCUUUCAAGAUAAAUCUUCCAACAUGGCAAAAAACAUUUUAAAACUAUCUCAAUUCAAAAACAAAACCAAGCAAGAAGCCACCACUCCUGCACCUCAAGGCUAGUGGAGCUCUGAUGACAAGAGGGGCCCCUGAGGAGAGCAUUAAACAACCAGGGGGUGAGAUCACCAAAAAGACCCUGCUCCAGCCUGCCUACCAGUCAAAGUGGGCAGGUUCAUUUGGGUGCAGGAGCCCCUUGAGAUGCCCUGAUCCUGUGCUAUAUAGUCACUAGUCAGCCAGCUCUUUGAACUGUGUUGAGAAACAAAGGAGCCAAGGGGGGAAAGUUCUGUACUGGCAAAAUAUAUCCUAGCUGGUCAGUUCAUUUGUUAGAAGUUAAUGUUUUCUUUUGUCUAGGCCAUCUGAAAAUCAAUAAAUUGCCAUUUAAAAAAUAUGUAUCUUAGCUUCCCAGUUCAAAUCAGUAUUCUGACUCCUUAUUCUGAAGCAGAUGACGUUUCUGGGAGUGUUCAUGGGCUGUAGUUAGUGGAAAUGACCAAGGCAAAGAUUGCUGUGUGAAGGUUUUCUCCACCUGGAAGGGUGACAGGUAGCAAAAGGUGCUUCAUGCCACUGUGGCCACUUGAGCCUCUAAAGAAGAGGCCAGAUCAUCCAUAGGCUCUGACCUUGAUCCUUAAGAGGGAAUGCAAACCCAUCCAGAACACUCACUACCACCUCCCAUCAGCUGAACUACCUACCCACAACAGCAUCCCCAUCCUGCCUGGACUGGGACUCAGUUUAUUAGCCCUCAUUCAGCCCAUUGGUUCAACCUCCUUGAAUCACUGCGACAGCCAGCCUUACUGGGUUUCAGCAUCCCCAAUUCCCAGUCCUGACAGCUGGCUCAGAAGGACACUAAGAGAGGUAGUAUUGAAAGUCACUGAAAGGGUCAAGAGAACUCACUGGACCACAUACCCCCUUGCUCUCAGCAGCCGUUGGUUCACCAGAGCAACCAAGGUGGUUUUGGUGGCAACCCUAGGUGAAAAGUCACAUUGAACUGGACCUAGAUUGUUUUCAGAUACUAGGGGGUAUCAACCCAGGCCUUACCUGUCAUUGCAAGAUCCAAGAGUUGCCCCUGCAGGUAAAUAAAUGCUCUUGCUCAGGAGCAAAAGAGGCAUUAAAGCGACUGAUCUGGUGAUGGUUUCCAGUGCAGCAGCAAUGGAGAGUCUCUUGGCAUCACUAUCAAAGAUACCAAUCUAAGGUGAAGCCAAGCAGGAUCUGGCUGGGCCCUUGGUUAGAAGCAGAGGGGCUGGCUUCUCACAAAGCAGAGGGCUUCCUUCCAGCUUCUUCAUGUAGAGCUCAGGUGCUUUCUGUCUCCGUGCAGGCUGCCAAGAGUAAGUUGGCAGUCUCCUAGCAGCAACCCAGCCUGCUUUCCUCAGGAGGACUUUUGCCUCCUGAGACUCCCCGCUCCCUCCCUCCCUCCUCUUCCUCCCUGCUGCUCAGGCAACAAGAGGACAUGGUGGAAAAAAGCAGAAGACUCAACCUCCCAGGCCAAAACAACGUCGGAGUGUGGCUGUCGCAAAGGAAUUGCCUGCUGAAUCGAUGUGGGCUUGAGUUCCAAGGUGGAAAAUUGAGGGCUUUCCCUGGAGUAAUGUUUCCUUAGCUGAGAUUUAGUCUGUUUCCAGGGAACAUGCACUGCACAGCUUGUGUAUGUCAGUGUUAGAGAUAUAAUGCAUUCCCACCAAACUUAGAGCAAACCAAACUGCUUCUUCCAGUGUGCCGUUUAUUUAUUUAUUACAGUUGUGUAAUAAAGAUCUUCCUCCAGAGAGUUCAAGGACAAGGCCUUGCGCACUGUUCUCUACCCCCGCAUCACCUAUUUUAUCUUAACAACCCUGUGUGGUAGGCUAGCCUGAGUGAUUUGACCAAGUUCAAUCAGUGAGCUUCAGAGCUGGGUAGGAUAUCGCCCCCUAGGUCUUCCCAGUUCUUGUCUGUCGCUCUAACCAGUGUUAGAAACUCACAUAUUUAAGUUAGGCACCAAAUGGCUCCUUAAGUGAAGGUUACAUUUGCCAAAACAGAAUGUCCAGUACGACUCUAAUGUCUUAUUUUUCAAAUGAUGGGUUAAACAUCUGGCUAGAUAGAUUUAACAUCUGGUUAAACAUCUGGCUAGAUCAGAUGACAACCUUGAGCUAGAUUAAGAGCUUUGAGAACUUAAAGAAGACAAAUCACUUGAUCCAGGGGCAGCUCACAUAUAUAUCGGCCAGUUCCUACCUUCUUUUCUUAACAGUGACUGCUCCUGCUCAGGCUGCACAGAAAAAGCAUUUCGGUUCCAGAAAUUCAUUCCAAUUGUACAAAUAAAAUAUAACUAAUAGAAUUCUACAGGAUGGGGUAUUAGUGUGUAAAAACAGUCCAGAAUCCAUCAAGUCCAGGCAUGCACCUCCAGAUGGUGGAGGUGCCGGGUGCCAUCCUGGUGCUUGGGCAUCUUCACUUGGUCACAAGUGGUCGAAAGCCAGGUGCAAAAUGCGCCUGGCACCUGGCUAAUUUCGAACGCUGACUCUAACCACCACACCACACUGCCUCUCUAUCUAAAUAAGUACCUUGGAAUGCUUCUCAUCAGUGAGCCAUACUUCCACGAUGGAAGGUGUGCCAGUGUGGCAUGGGGGAGAGGUCCCCCCUGUUUUGCUCCCAGGGCUUUGCUGCCUUUCCCAUCCUGAUGAUAACAUCUCCUUUUGCCUUUUAGGAUAAGGACACUGAGCAGCCACUCAACAGCAGAGGUAAGAACAGAGGAGACCCGUUGAAUCGGACCAGCAUCCUCUUUCACACAGGAGUCGACCAGGAUGCCUCUGGGAAGCCAUCAGGCAGGACAGAACAUGCACACAAGAGUCCUGCCCCAACGUGGCCCCCAAGAGUGGGUCAUUCCAAGGCAGACUGCUUCUGAAUGUGAAGGCAGCACUAGAAAUAUGAUGGCGACAAUCCCUGAUUUAUUCAUUGCCUUCUGAACAACUGUCUCAAGGCGAUGCACACCAAAAAUAGUUAAGAGCACAAAAACAGCAACUAAAUUUAAAACUAUACAAAGCAGGCACUUGUGGUAAAGACCCACUUUAUCCAGCAUAGCAAGUUGGUGGCAGUCUUGAAUCUUCCAACAUUCAACUUUAUGUGAUUGGUGAUUACGACAGUGAAGGCAGAGAAUAGCCAUUAUGGCUAGUAACUAUUGAUAGCCUCCUUCCUCUGAAUUGGUCUAAUCCUCUUUUAAAGGCAUCCAGUAAGGAAAGACUACAACAUUUGGGGCUUUUUGAUUUAGAAAAAAAGAUAAGUAAGUGACGGGGGGAGGGGGUGGGGAGUGGGAACAUGAGGAUGCAUAAAAUUAUAUAGUGUGGGUAAAGUGGCCAGACAGAACAUUUUCUCCCUCUCUCAUAAUAUUAGAACCCUCUGGAAGCAAUCAUACAUUGGUCCAGCAACAGUAGCAAUAAAAACUAUUCAGGAAAAAUGUUUAUAUUUACAGUAUAACCAGCUCCAAGCAUAUGCCUGAACCAGAGCAAACAGAGGAAUGUCUACCUUCCUGGCUGUUCAGGGGGUGGGGGGGGGAGAGAAACAGGAAGUACAACUACUUCCUCUCCAGGAGAACAUGGGAAAUGACAUCACACAGAGCCCUCUCUACCAAUUAUGUUUCUAUGGCCUGAUCAUCUGCCUAUCAGCAAUUCAGCUCUGUGGUGAUAGCCCCUUCUCAGGAUGACUAGCAAGAACAUGCAUUUGUUAAGACUGGCUUAUGGGUGUAGUCAGGAUUUUUGUAAGGAAGGGGCAUGCUUUUGUUAGUGGGGGGAGGGGCAGAACCUCAGAUUUGUAUUGAUUUGGCUGCUCAUUUCCUGCACAAACUAAGCUCUGGAAACGGCCUAUGAAGGAGACUCACAGCAUGCCCACCCCAGCAACCAGCUCUCUCUAUGUUCACAGAGUCUUCACUCACAGACAAGGCUUUGACCAGGAAGGAAGCCUUCAUACGCAUUGGCAUCCCUGUCAUUGCCGCCAUCCUGUGCAUCGGGAUUCUCAUCACUGCCAUCUUCCUCAGUAAGAGACCCUCAUGCUGUGUGGUUGCAGCGGUACUGCCAGCUCAUACCGUCCGCCUGCCCCCCUUCCCACUUGUUUUCCUCUUCCACAAGGUGCAUAAGAAGAAGCAUUCCCACUCCAGCCCCAUUGAUGCUUUGCAGGGGGGUUGGGCUAGAUGACCGUUGGGGUCCCUUCCAACUCUAGAAUUCUAUGGCAUGCCAGGGGCCCCCCGAAGGAAGGCAGGCAGCUUCACCGGGCCUGAUGCUCACAAGAAUCUCACGUGGCUACAGCUGGUGGCUUUCCUGGGGCUGGGCCAUCCAGAGAACCCCAAAAGUGACCCUAGCUCUCGCUCUCUCUCCUCCUAGUUAAGAUAGCGGUGGAAUCCUACUACUUCUUCUGCAGCCAAACCUAUAAGUUUAUCCCCCUCAACCUCCAGUGCGACGGGAGCGUGGACUGUGCCUGGGGGGAAGACGAGAUCGGCUGCGUGCAGCAGAUGCCCGAUGGCACCAUCGUGGGAGGUGAGUCCUGGGUGUGGCGAUCACACAGGAUCCCCGGAUGUUUCACCAUCGAUUGAUCCCUGUGCCACCACUUUAUUUCUCGCUGCCACCACCCAGGCCCUACCUGGUAAAAUACUGAGUCCAGUCAGGAUUUGAUUGGAACAUAAACUUCUGUUUAUUUGUUGCAGUUUAACAAGCAUGUGGUUUCAUAAACGGUCUCAGUCAAUUACAAUCAUGGGGUGCCUACUCAGCCUAUAACUUCCGCUACCUGCUCUCACUCACUAAACCACCUCUCAGAUAUUUACUGAUCUUCCUAGCUCCUAACUGUUCCUGACUCAGCUUAUUUCACUACACUAACUCAACCUACCCACAGACUCUAUCCCAAUUCACUCCCACUCCAACCAACCAAGGAACUCCCCCUCUUCACCCUUCCCAGAGUUGGUUUUAUAGUCCCUCUGACUCCACCCCCCUGGGUUCUGAUUGGGUAACCUGUUUAACUAUUUCACCUCCAGCACUCUCAUAUGUCACACUCGGGUCACACCAGAAGGAGGCAGGCAGGCAGCCAGCCAGGGUCUGCCACUGAAGGAAACCAAUGGCUGCCGUGGCCUCUGCUUCUCUCUCCACAGUCCGUCUCUCCCGCGACAGGUCCAGCCUGCAAGUGCGCGACAGAGAGUCGGGCCGCUGGGCCUGGGCUUGCCAUGACGACGCCUUUGACCUCGCCAUGGCCACGGCUGCCUGCAAGCAGAUGGGCUACAGCAGGUAAGGGGGGGCGGGCAGUCUGAUGCCAAAACAGGGUGAAAGCAGCUGCCGGGACCCCCAUGUCAAAGCAGAGGGAGCCUGUAUCACCACAGCCGCAGCCUGGAGGGCCACUCGCCUUGAAAUACUUGCACAUUUAUGUCCUGGUGGCGUCAGGGCCAGCUCCAUGGGCGACCUGCUUCCCCCUCAACCGUGGCUGCACUUGCCCCUUGUGAAUCACUUGCAGGGGACCCACUCAUGGCCUCGCAUCUGCCUCCCCCACAGGAGCUUCGAGGGCAGAGCUUGUGAUGGGUUUCCUUGGAAACCACUCCCAUGUUUACUAUCCCUGUUCCCAAGUGUUCCUGCAGAGGAUCCCGCACUGAAACUCCCAGGAGAGAUUAAAAGGUUUCCCAAACUUGGGUCUCCUGCUGUUUUUGGUUGGCAGUUCCCAUCAUUCCUGACCACUCUUCCAGCUAGCUAGGGAUGAUGGGAGUUGCAGUCCAAAAAAACAGCUGGAGACCCAAGUUUGGGAAACCCCAGAUUACAGCAAGUGCCACUCCAGCUGUUUCUGUACUCCAACUCCCAUCAGCCACAGCCAGCAUGGUUGAUAGUCCGUUCUUCAACCACAACGUAGAGAAUCAUUGCACAACUCAGGCGCAUCCAGCUGACAGUGCAGACAGCCUGCGCUGUGCAAGGGUACCUGCUGGCCAGGUGGUGGUGGGGAGCUGGCAGCUACUGGAUGCCCAUCAAGUGCCUGGUCCAGCUUGAAUCAAGGGGUAGCUGCUGCUCUCUGCUUAAGUGGUCCUAUGGGGUUAAUAAAGGCCCAUCAAGAGGCACCCCAAGAUCUCCCCAAAAUGGCAAAAUAGAGACAAUGAUUCAACAAGAACCAGGAAAAUAAUUCAAUAAGGAUUGUCCUUGCUAAACUGGGAAAUAUGGACAGGGAUCAAGUGAGGUCUCAGGUUAGAGCCGAUUGCAAUAGCAGAGUGUCAUCAGGUCAUGCACCUGACACUUUUGGAGCGGAGGUGGCUUCCCAGAUCUCAGACCCAGGACCUCUUUCAGGCCUGGAGAAGACGAAGUGCUUCUGAGCACAUGCAAAGUGCAUUUCUCUCACUAGUAUGAGUAUCCUGGCUCAAGGAUCCUCUUUCAAGUCAAUGUCCCAGGCCAGGCCAACCAAGAGAGGAGGGUGGUUCCUCUCCACUGGGUUCACAGGAACCUUCUCGGUAUCUUGGGAGGAAAAGAUUUCUGACAGAGCAGCAGAACCUUAAGGCCCUUCCUAGAAAUGCACAAUGCUUUAUUCACAAGACUGUAGCCCCCCAAAGUGUGGGUCAGCACAUUAGACUUUAAUGCAGGACAGAGGGCCGGCCGGACAACUCUUGGUGUCUGUUUUGCCCAUGGAAGAAAUGCUUCCACUUUGGCAUGGGGUUGUAUACCUGCAUUCAGAUGCCCCUGUUGCCAAGCUCCUUCCCUCUUUUGCAGUGUCCCCACCUUUAGCCCUGUGGCAGCUGGUGAUAGGCAGCAGGGGCAGCUCCUCAGACAGGUGACUCUACAGGGUGGGGAACUCCGCUGGACAGAUUCGGAAAGGUGAGUGAAGCUCAGCAGGUAGUGGGGGGGGGGAGACUGCUGUUCCUGCUAUGAGGAAGGAGCAGUUUAGAUUUCCUACAACACCCCUAACACUGCAUCAUGCCAGGGCCCUGUCCAAAAUGACUGCGGUGGCCGGAUCCAGCUGCUUGGCACUCACUGGAGCACAGCUGCCUGCCACUAGAUGGAAGAAAAGGCCCAACAAAUGACAAGUUUGCUCAGAACCUUCCCUGCAAUCCAUCUGCAUGGGACUCUCUCCCUUGCUGUUAAUAUGACAAGAGGGUUUCUCCAUACUUAACCUUUUGCCCUGCUCUAUCCAGAUACAGGUCCAUGCUUUAAAGCUCUGUGUCUGAGUGGUUUUUUCUCUUUUUUUGCCCCAGAGCUUUCCUUGUGAAAACUUGCUUUCUGGAGCUCAUUUGGAGCAAAUGUCAAUUUGGGUUGAUUCAGCUUUAAAGAGCAGGUUUUCACAGGGAAUGCUCCGGGGCAAAAAAAACCCCAAACCUUCCCACGCUUAAACACUGAGCUUUAAAGUGAGGACUGUGGAAGGAAAGAUAAGUGUGGAUAAGCCCAAAGCUUCUGUUGUGAGUUCAGUGACUUUAAUGCAUUUGCUUUGCACCAAAUGGAACUGAGGUGUGAUUUCUUGAAGGCUGAUUUGGUGGAAGGCAAUGCCCCUGGUUAGGGCUGGCAGGGCACCCUACAUAGAUGUGUUGGGAAAGGGAGGUGGGGGGGGGCUCUGGAAUCCACAUGGCUUGAAGAUGUGGGAAUGUUGAUGAAAGUAGGAGAGGAUAUAUUGAUUAAAUAUUAUCCCUCCUCACUCACGCUAGUGAGCAAGCAGCAGAGCACAUUCCCUUGCACAUUGCUGGAAGCAAGUUGGUGGAUUCAUUAGAAUCACUUACGUUGAGCAAUCCAGUCUGGCUUGUUCCUGGAAAGUUUCUCCUUUUAUUUCCCUCUUUAAAAUAAUAACACGACAAUCUCCUUUUAAAGUAAGAAUAACGUUUACUUGAGGGACGCGGGUGGCGCUGUGGGUAAAACCUCAGCGCCUAGGACUUGCCGAUCGCAUGGUCAGCGGUUCGAAUCCCCGCGGCGGGGUGCGCUCCCGUCGUUCGGUCCCAGCACCUGCCAACCUAGCAGUUCGAAAGCACCCCCGGGUGAAAGAUAAAUAGGGACCACUUACCAGCGGGAAGGUAAACGGCGUUCCGUGUGCUGCGUUGGCUCGCCAGAUGCAGCUUGUAACGCUGGCCACGUGACCCGGAAGUGUCUGCGGACAGUGCUGGCUCCCGGCCUCUAGAGUGAGAUGAGCGCACAACCCUAGAGUCUGUCAAGACUGGCCCGUACGGGCAGGGGUACCUUUAACUUUACCUAAAGUUUACUUACAUUCAGUUCACAAUAGUUUUCUGAAGGCAGGCUUUAUCUUGUGGUUACAGUUACAUUUGUAGAGAAAAGAAAUCUGAGCUAGGCCUCAGACUUUCUACCUUGUGGCUUCCAUUCACUUUAAGGAUGAGCCAUGUGCUGCUGGCCAAGAGCCAGAAUAGAGGAAGAUGGCUGUGUGGCUUACCCUUUUGUAGGGUCUGCUAGGGUCAUGCCCAUCUACCUAGUCACACACAGGGGAGGAGCCUCCAGAGCAGAUAUGACAGGAAGUCCCCUGUGUGUCUACUCUAGGAAUCAGGAAAUGUUGUGUUUGACUGCUUCAGUGAUGAUACAUCCCACAGAAGAGGCCCAAACUGGCCAAUUUUUUCUGAUAAAGUCAGAAGGAGGAGUGAUGGGCAUAUGUACCCAGGGGUUGGCGAGGUUGGUUGGCCAAGGGUGCAGGCCCAAUGAGGUGCAAAAAUUGUGCUUCUCCACUCUGGCUUUGAGUGGCUAGGAGCCUGCCUGCCCACCUGUAUGCUUCCUGGGCUGCUCCCUCACUGCUCUCUGUGGCUAGCCAAGGUGCACAGGCUCUGGGCACCUCAACAGAGGAAUCUGGUUGUUGGUGUGGGCUGUUGCAGCAGCCAUGUGAGGUCCUCUCCCUAGCCAUCCACUAUGUGAAGUGUGAUUGGAGCACCCAGCUCUUUGCGCAAGGGAGGGAGGGCACCAAGGGUGCAAGGGAGCCUGGGUACACCUCUGUUCCCACUGAAUCCUAUGCAAGACCCUUCACUGCGAAGCCUGAGCCAUGCCCACGUUGACUCCUAGGGUGGGUAUAGCAGGCCCUGUUUUUCUCAUGCCUGUCUCCUAACCCGUGACCAGUUGGCAGCAGUUUCUGACCAGGUCUCUCUCUUACAGGCAGUGCCCCUCUGGCUCCAUCAUCUCUCUCUCCUGCUCAAGUGAGUAUGUGUGUGCUCUUAGUGCUGACUACAAAGCAGCAGUGGCACUGACCUGCCUGGACUUGGGCUGUUGCCAGCAGAGCAAACCCAUCUGAAGGCCUGGGAGCCAGGGGUUGGGUCCAUGAGGGCACUAUUCAGGUUGGGGCUGGAGCAACUUUCACCCCAGCAAGGCAGGGCGCGUGCUUGUUAGUGACAUGACUGGUGUGAACGUUAGUGCUGAACUUCCACCUCCAAGCAAGCACCUGCCCUGUGGCUUAACCUGUUACCCUUUCAAGAACCAAAGAAACUUAUUUUUGUAUGCAACUAUUGUGGUGAGUGUACUAUGUGCCCCAAACUGGCAGGAUGAUGCAGCGCCUACAAACGAGGAGUGGCAGAUGAAAUUGAUGGAGUAUGCUAAAUUAGCAAGCUUAACUAGUAAAUUAGGGAACAAGCUGAGACAGCCUUUAAAGAGGAUUGGAAACCUUUUGUAGAUUAUUGUUUUUUAAAUAUUGCAAAUAUGUUAAAAUGCUAGCUGGUUUGCAGUCAGCUCAGAACUAAAAGCUACUUUGAGGAUAAGAUGGAUGAAAGAAGGAUUAGAAUAAUUAUAAUAUGCAACAGCAAUUGAUAACUUGAGGAAACCAUGGAAGGGUGGAAGGGAAGUCAAUCAAGAAGAGAUUACAUUUUGGAACUGUUUGAUUGACUGUAUUGUGUUUUUGGAAAAUUAAUAAAUAAUUUUAUUUUUAAAAAACCACCUGCUGCUCUUUGAGGAUGCAGGUCCCCCCUUGAGUGAGUCAGGAGCCCAAAUCCUGUCUUCUGGCAAGAAGGUUCAAGUGUUGUAUGUCGGCUCAGCAUCAUGCAUGAGGGAAGAACCUAAGCAGAUUGAUUUCUGUAGCCUGGGCUGUUGGGUGGGGGGACAGACUAGCACACAGCCCAGAACCCUUAGACCUUUUAAACCUGUCUCUCAAAAAGACAACUGACAGUGCUGGGCUUUCUGUGAGCCUGCAAUUAUCCUUAGCAGUUGACUUUGCAGAGAAGGACUCGUGACUGCAGCAUUAUCUUCUGUCCACACCCAGCUUGUCCCUUUGAACCAGACUCCUAAGGUAACAUCAUAUGCUGAACUGAGAACCUGAUUUGCCUACCCUUUGGAUGUAGGUUGUGGCCAUAACUCGAAGUCGCCGCGCGUCGUGGGUGGUGGUCCAGCUUCCAUCAAGACCUGGCCAUGGCAGGCCAGCUUGCAGCACAAGGGGCAGCAUGUCUGUGGAGGGAGCAUCAUCGACCCCCAGUGGGUUCUGACAGCAGCACACUGUUUCCGGUGAGUCAGUGAGCACCAGAUUAGGGCCUAGCAAGAAUUGAUCUGAUUCCCAUCAAUCCUGGAGGGAAAUGCAUCUAGACACAACAGAGGCUGCAAGGCAGCCCCAGGGAGGAGCAAUAGUCCUCUGCUCUCACAAAGCUGGACCUACAUGCAGACUUCAACCAGAAACACCACCAGGCCCACUUUCACCAGGCCUGGUUCAAGACUAGGGUUGCCAUCUUUUUUAUUAGCUCACGCUCCUGUGCCUUUAACAGGAGCUUGGACUGCAGACAUUGGAGAGCAGUCAGGCUCAUCUUUGUCAGCAUAAAGGCUCAUCAGUAGGUUGAGCCAGUUUGGGCUACUUUUCUGGCCAGUUGGGCCCCUUUGUGGCAUGCAUAUGUCUUGCCACUGAAGGGGAAGAGCAAACAGGUGAGCCUCUUUCUGUUCUCAGGACCAACCUGGUGACAAAGUACUGGCAGGUGAAAGGUGGCUCAGAAAUCUUCUCAAAUGCCACUGCUGUCCCUGUGGAGAAGGUCUUCGUCAUCGACGUCAAGUACAUGUUCCCCAAAGAUGAGGACAUUGCAUUGGUCAAGCUGCAAACCCCCUUUAACCUCCCAGGUGAGAGGCUUCUCAGACUGCCAGCUGGGGGGAAUUAGGGACCUCUAGCUGGACCAGGGACUCGUAGCUCCUGACAAACCAAGCCCAUUGCAAAAAUGGGUUGGAGUUCACAGCUGAGAUGCUGGACUUGCUGCUUGCCUGUAUGGGCAACCUUUUCUGGAAGAUAUUUGUAAUUUCAAGUUUAGUGAUCUGACAUGGUCAUCUCUUCCUGCCUCUGUUUACUUCCCUUCUCUGUCUCUUGUUAAAGUUCUUUGAUGGCUGAGAGCAGCUUUUAAUGUAUAAUCUGGUGGAAGGAAGAAGUGAUAAAGCAGAGUACCUUCUGACCUUCUUUGAUGUUAGACAUUGUUUGGAGGAACGUGCAGUAUUGGAAGAGGGGGCUAGCUAAUUCAUAAUCUGCACUAGCUAGUCGGGCAAGACACGUAGGCUAACAAUUUAGCUAUCUAUAAAUUGAAUGGUUUGGGGGGCAUAGCUCUCAGAAGCUCGUACAACCUGAGACUACCUGGGGGUCACUUUGCCACUUCUUGGGGGCUUCCCAGUGGCAGAUUGAAGUGCUUGCUUGGUGAUGUAUAUAUUGCUUGCUGUUUAGAAUAAAAUCUUUAAUUUUCUCCCUCACUUGUGUUUGUAUUGCUUCUGAAUCUCAUAAAAAGAACCACCUUGCCUUUGGCAAGACAUUGUCCAACUGCCUUCCUUCCCUCUUUCUGCUGCAGGGUCAGUGAAGCCAAUCUGCCUGCCUUUCUUUGAUGAUGAAAUGGUCCCAGGAACCCCCUUGUGGGUGACAGGCUGGGGAUCCACCAAGCAGGAUGGUGAGUUUUCCCUUGGCAUUUUCAUCUUCUUCCCCACCACUGCCCUGCAAGUGCCGGGCCAGCUGCCUUCUGGUCUCUGCUGCAGCCUGCUUAGGACUGAGCAAGGAUACCAGACUCUAGAUGGGGAGAUGACCUGCUGUACCUUUGAACUCCCAAGCUGUUCCCACAAGGUGCAGCUCCCGAGGACAGCAGACAGAGCCCAGGGGCCUACAGAGACCAACCAAGAGCAGGCAAGUGGGUACAGGUACCCAUACCCAAACAAAAGUCUGGCUUGGGCAGCCAUGAACAUGCCUUCAUUAAAAGAGCAAAGAGUGCCUGCCAGCCUUGGGGACAGGCCAUAGCUCAGUGGUAAAGUGUUUGCUUUGCAUACAGAAGGUGCCAAGUUCAAUCCCUGUUGGCAUCUCCAGUAGGGAGGGAAUGUUCCCCUGCUUGAACUCCAGGAGAGCUGCUGCCAGUCAGUGUUGACAGUACUGAGCAAGAUGGACCAGUGGUCUGACUCGAUAUCAAGCAGCUUUCUGAUUUUAUUUGCAUGCCACCUUUCAAACCAUGAUCAAGGCGGCUUACAACAUGAAGGGGGAAAAAAAUACACAGCUGCAACAUAGCAAAAUUAGUCAUAAGCAAUAAAUAAGUAAAGGUAAAGGGCCCCCUGACCAUUAGGUCCAGUCGUGGCUGACUCUGGGGUUGCGGCGCUCAUCUCGCUUUAUUGGCCGAGGGAGCCGGUGUACAGCUUCCGGGUCACGUGGCCAGCAUGACUAAGCCGCUUCUGGUGAACCAGAGCAGCACACGGAAAUGCCGUUUACCUUCCCACUGGAGUGGUACCUAUUUAUCUACUUGCACUUUGACAUGCUUUCGAACUGCUAGGUUGGCAGGAGCAGGGACCGAGCAACGGGAGCUCACCCCGUCGCAAGGAUUCGAACCGCCGACCUUCUGAUCGGCAAGUCCUAGGUUCUGUGGUUUAACCCACGGUGCCACCCGCGUCCCUCUAAGCAAUAAAUAAAACCUUAAAAAAUACACAACCUAACAGAACAAUUUCCACAUAAAUCACAACAAAAUCUAUAAUAAAGAUACAAAAACCAAUAGCAAACAACCCCAACAAAACCCCAAGAGUCUCUUCAGCAGCCUCGGCUUUUGUAGCUGGAGUCAGAGCCCUGCCUUCCCAGGCCAGGUGGGAAAAGACCUGCAAAGCAAACAACUGGAAUGAGCACUCCAAGCGUGAAAUUGGCUUGGAACAAACCUUCGAGCCUUACAUAUAGAUGGGCUGGGAAUUCUUUUGGGCCACUGCAGCCUCUCCCAUAAUUUGAAGUCAUCUCCACCAUGCUUUUUGCUAGGUACACUGUCCAAGGAGCUACAGGAGGCACAGGUGGAGUUGAUUGACAGCCGCAUCUGCAACGCACCUGAUGCCUACCAUGGGGAGGUGACCGAAAAGAUGCUCUGUGCAGGCCGUGAUCGGGGUAGAGCCGACACCUGCCAGGUAAGCGGCACAGAAAGAUCAAAGGCCUCAACUUUCCUCCUCCAGCUCGGCAGCCCCAUCAGGAGGGAGGGCAGAGCAGGGAAUCAUCAGUUCCCUUUUUCUAAGAAGGAUGACGCUGAAGCUGAGCUUCAUUUGGAGAGGGGACUGAUGCAGGUUAAAGAGGGCAAGGCAUGGCUGGUUGCCCUUCAUGGGAGACAAACUAGGAGCAGGACGCAACAUGCAGAGCUAUUGAUCCCUAGUGUUUCCAUUUGGGAUUCAGCUGAGUCCUGUCCACAUUUAUGCAGCCUGUGUCUUCCUUCUCACCCAGGGAGACAGCGGAGGGCCACUGGUGCACAAACAGGGCCCGUGGCACAUCGUGGGCAUUGUCAGCUGGGGCCAUGGCUGUGGAAGCCCGAGCACCCCUGGCGUCUACACCAAAGUGCAAGCCUACCUCAACUGGAUCUACACCAUCCUCAGGGUCAGUGUUGCUUUUCUCUGGGGUAGGACCCAUUUUCUGUCCUGGCAGGAUGGAAGUGGGUGGGCAGAGUUAGGCUGCCCACCAGCAGGGGAAUGGGAUCCGUCAUGGAGGUGCCUCUGCCUCAGAUGGUCACCAGGCGGUUCCUCUGUGGGUUUUCUUCAUCCAGACGGAGUCCUGA